CGGCGGCCGGGAGAAGCCGAGAACUACAGCUGCGGAGGCCGCUCCGCCUCCCCGGGGGCCUCGGGCUCCACGGCGGCCAAUGAGGCAGGACCACGCGGGCCUCCAAAACAAGAGGAGGUGCGGGCGGGCGCCUUCCCCUCGGCCAGCAGUCUCCCCACCGCCGUCCCGCACUCCCGCGAGCCUCCUGGCAGGCUCGGAGUUCAGCCCUUCUGCCCUGCACCUGCACCUGCACAGCCCCGAGGCCAGGAUUCGGCCCGGACCGCCCAAAAGUAGGGCUCUCCUCCUCUCUGUCGCCUUUCUGUGACCUCCUGCCUCCAGGCACUUACCAGCCACGCCUCCCCUGGCCUGAGAACUUUCUCCAGGUAGUGGGGUGAACAGUCGAGGACUCACCAGCUUUGGUUUUUGUCUCAGAGAUCAUCGUUCUUUGAUGUAGAGUUACUUGAAAGCCAUUGUUUCAUCUAUCUUGUCCGUUCUGGGGCUUGUUUCAGGCUGGACAAGGAAUCGAGUCCAUAUCACUGUAUCUUUGCUGGAAGCAGAAAACUAAGGGUGGCUUUUUUUCUUUUUUGAUACUGUCUUAAACAUUUUAUGAAAUCAACAGAUCAGGAUUCCAGAAAAACAGAGUGCACCAGAAUUCAUGCCUAGUGCUUGCUGAUGAAAUGAUCCGUUUGUUCGCUAUAUUCUUGAGAUUGGAGCUGAUAACAUCUAACUUUAUCAUAUGGCAAAGGAACCGGUGGAAGACACGGACCCUAGCACUUUAUCCUUUAACAUGUCAGACAAAUACCCCAUUCAAGAUACGGGACUCCCUAAAGCUGAGGAAUGUGAUCCCAUUACGUUGAACUGCCCAACAGAUUCUGAUGUGCAACAUCAGGGAGAAGAAAAUGGCUUUCCAGACAGUACUGGAGAUCCCCUUUCAGAUAUAAGCAAAGGCGAGUCCUGCAAGGAGAACUGUACUUGUCCCGCCUGCUCGCUCCGGGCCCCGACCAUAAGUGACUUACUCAAUGAUCAGGACUUACUUGACGUCAUCAGGAUAAAGCUGGAUCCAUGUCACCCGACAGUAAAAAACUGGAGGAAUUUUGCCAGCAAGUGGGGCAUGCCCUAUGAUGAAUUGUGUUUCUUAGAGCAGAGGCCUCAGAGCCCCACCUUGGAGUUCUUGCUGCGGAACAGCCAGAGGCCAGUGGGCCAGCUGAUGGAGCUGUGCAGGUUCUACCACAGGGCCGACGUGGAGAAGGUCCUGCACAGGUGGGUGGAUGAGGAGUGGCCCAAGAGGGUCCGUGGAGACCACCCCAGGAACUUCUAGACCUCCGCUUCUUCGUACUGGCCUCUUUGGACCUUGAAACAACCACAGGUUGAGGAUCAGUUCUUUUUUUUUUUUUUUUUUUUUUAAGAGUUUAGGAUAAGGACACGGAACCGUGGACAUUGGUUUUCCCCAAAGCUGGUGGUUUUUUUGGAGGGGUAGGUUAUGUUUUGGUGGCGGAUUUUUGUUUUAGUUUUGCACCUUGGUUUUAAUUUAAUAUUUGAACCUGGAAGCGGGAAAGAUACUUUGUAGGCUCCUAUAGGGACCGGGGCCAAAGUCUACAAUCGGAGUGGAUUCAUGCCAUGAUGAAAAUAAAAUUAUCCUCUCCCUUCAAUGCUGUGGAAGACUGAAAUAAGAACUAAGCUUGUUGAUGGCCCCAGUCGAUUGUCAUCCAUGGGAUCCUUCAUGAUGGACAGCACUCCAACAGCUGACAAGAAAACAGCACAGAGAAGUUACCUUGUUUGUUCCUUUUUCGGUCAUAAAGUGCUUAGGUGAAGUAGCAGGGUACUGGUGUUAUGGGGCCGUACCUUCACACCAUAUGUGCCAUCUCUUUUAUGCAAAUACUUUGGUAAUCUGUGCACUAUCAAAAAUGUCAUUUGCUCAAGCAUUUUUGGAAGAAAUGCAAAAUUGGUGGUGGGAAGAGAGAGUCAGGAAUCGGGGGGAAUAAGGACCUUGGGCGUGGUGUUUGACAAAGAGAGUACACAAAAUGCCCUUUGUUACCCAAGACUUUUUAAAAAUUAGUUUAAUGUUUACUUUUACAUCUUUUAUAUAAGGCUGAGUGUUUCGCCCCUGAGAUCAAGCUCAGUUAAGAAAUAAAUAAAAAUCACCUGGCCCAUGGUUGCAACAUAACCACUCUUCUAGCACCUACUAUCCCAACUGGAAACAGGCCACUUGUAACAAGCACUACAUAGCGGUUUAGCCAAGAACCGGGAAUCGGUAUUAAAAUCCAAACUUCAAAGGAUUUUAAACCAAAUGAAAAAUUGGGUCCAAACAAUAUCUGGUGUUCUUAUUUGAUGGCUUAAGGGGAGGUAAAGUGUGGAGGAUGGGAGGGUUUGUUACUGGAGAGAUCCGAUAUUCUCGAUUUUUUGCAGGGUAACAGAUACAAGGUAAAGCCUUGGCUUGCUUGACAAUUUCAUAAAAGCGCUAUUUGGUUUUGGCUGUGGGUUCAGACAAUUAAGGCACUUCUUUCGGUUUGGUGGGAUUCUGUCCACAUCCCUGAUUAAAAUAAGCAAAAAUGACAAAGAGCAUCGAUUGGAGUACAAAAAAGAUUAGGAUUAACUCAAAAGAAAAUUAUUUUCUCAACCACUAACAGUUUUCCACGAACAGUUUUAGCGGGUUUUAUUAGGUUGCUAAUAUAUACAGUCAGCUUCGCUAUCAAAUGUAAACUCCAAACUAGCAAAAUCUACUACAGAGAUUUACUCAUCACUUCUCCUCCAGGGUUCAUCACACCCAGCUCAUCUCACUUGUCUGAUUUAUCAGAUAAAUGUCAGGUUUAUCACACGAUGUAUUUAAAGGAGCAGCCGGUAAUGU